AUGAAUAUAUUAUACGAUAUUAUAGUUUUUGCUCAUUUAACGAAGAUAAUAGUAGCAUAUUCAAAUAAUCUAUAUUUAUUAGUAUCACAAAGGCAAGACGAAGACCCAGAUGAAACCUGCUACGAUCCGUAUCAAAAGCAGAGAUUACAUGGAAAUGGUAAUUCGAGUUGGCGUAAUUCUUUGACCUUCGAGACGACUACGACACGUCCCAGUGAAGAUCCCUUUUUGAGCCUUGAAAACAUAAAACAAAAAGUUGUAUUUGGAUCUAACCAGAAAGGCACAGAGGACGAUAUAAAUGAUCAGCUCCCACUGAGGCUUACCCCUCCAACCCCUGAUGGAUCGGUGGACAGACUAGCUCACUUUCCUAGCGGCCGCCUUAUGCACGCAGAGUUAUUCCAAAACAAGAGCUCGGUGCACAUGUCAAUGGCAGAGUUCAUUCACCGCGGCCACUGCUUGCUCAACAUCACCGACGACUACAUGCAGACCGCCAUCGACGCCUUCACCAUAUUGCUGCAGGGCACUUUGGCUGACGUGCUAAAGUUACCGCCUGCCUACGUCUUAAGAUCGGCGCGCACAAUAGCAAUGAUGAAGAUCGAGAAAGAGAAAUUGAGAGCAAUGUGGACGGUGGUGAAAGGAAAUAGGAAGACAAAGCAGAUCCCGUAUCACGAGUUGGAGUUAUUUCGGCCCUUGUUCAAGCAUCUGUCGGGUAGAGAGAUAGCCAGACUAAACAUGAGCGAUGACAGGAUAUUGGUGUACAUCGGUACACAUGCAGAUCUUGAUAGGCAUCAGGUGGGAGUAACUGCGAGUAAAUACAUAAGCCAGAAUCGUGAUUGGGCGGAACCUCCCUACAUGAACCUCAUGAACAACCUUUUAUGCGGGGUACCCCUGUCUUUAAUGAGAAAAAUUCCAGAGGGCCACUACCUACUGCUUACUCCACAGCUUUUUCAUCACAUAAGAGCUUGUGAUCCAUUACAAAGACGAUUUUACCUUACAAUGAUGACGAAAACUCAGGCGCUAGGGAAAUCGUACAGUUGGAGUACACAAGAUGUGGCCCGCCUAGGGCUGUUGUUAACAGAGGUUAGCGCGGCUGAACUUGCUGCUGUAAGCCCGGGAGCUAUGGCAGGAAUUACAGCUCAAGUGAUGAUAGAAAUGCCCGCAAGAAAUCUGUUACAUAUUACAGAAACGCAGUUACGUCAUCUGGGCCAAAAGCCCAUGAAUAUUUUGGCGAACAAACUUAGAAAGUAUAGUAGCGAGUAUCAGAUUAAUUCUAUGGCUGAAGAACUACAACCGAAGGAUUAUUUGACAAUGUUUGUGAUUUUAGGCACAUCGUGGGUCAUUCUUUGAUAUA